AUGUCACAAUAUCCAACUGGAGGAUAUCCACCACAGCAAGGAUACCCACCAUCGCCGCCACAGAACCCGCAACAGCAUGGUGGAUACAUGCAAGGGCUCCAAGAAACAUCACAGCCUCAAGAGUUUACCGAUAUUGAGAUAGAACCUUCGGAUGAAGAAAAGGCUCCACUCCAUUACGGUACCGCUCCUGCAAGGCAACCACGUCGUUUUAAAACUACUAAAAAAGUUAAUUUAUUUCGAGGAAAGGUGGUUCUUGAUUGUCCAGUUCCAACAAAACUUUUGUCUGAGGUUCAAAGAAAAAAUGAUGGAGAAUUUACAUUAAUGAGAUAUACUCCUUGUACUUGCGAUCCCAAUGAUUUUCAAUCCGACGGUUAUACACUUCGCCAACAACUUUAUGAUCCACCAAGGCAAACAGAGUUAUUUAUCGUACUCACUAUGUAUAAUGAAGAUGAAGUACUUUUUGCUCGUACAUUUCAAGGUGUUGAAAAAAAUAUUAAUCAUUUAUGUAGUCGUGCACGUUCUCGUACGUGGGGAAAAGAUGGAUGGAAAAAAGUUGUUGUUUGUGUUGUGUCAGAUGGUCGUACCAAGAUAAACAAACGAACUUUAUCUUAUUUGGCAGCGUUAGGUGUUUAUCAGGAAGGAGUAGCUAAAACUGAAAUUAAUGGUAAACCAGUAUCUGCUCAUCUUUAUGAGUACACUACACAGGUUUCCAUUGGUGCUGAUAUGAAAUUUAAGAAGAGGGAUGAGAACUCAGUUCCUAUUCAAGUUCUUUUUUGCUUGAAGGAAAAGAACGCAAAAAAAAUCAACUCUCAUCGUUGGUUUUUCAAUGCAUUUGGUAAAAUAUUAGAUCCGCAAGUAUGUGUUUUAAUUGAUGUUGGCACAAAACCUAGUGGCACAUCAAUUUAUCAUUUAUGGAAAGCUUUUGACAUCAAUCCUAAUCUUGGUGGUGCAUGCGGUGAAAUUAAAGCCAUGACAGGUAGUGGAGGAGUGAAUUUAUUAAAUCCAUUGAUUGCAUCACAAAAUUUUGAAUAUAAAAUGUCAAACAUUUUGGAUAAACCACUCGAGUCUGUAUUUGGGUAUAUUACUGUAUUACCUGGUGCAUUUUCAGCAUAUCGUUACCGUGCUCUUCAAAAUAACAAAGAUGGUGUAGGUCCUUUGAAAUCAUAUUUUUUGGGCGAGACUCUGCAUGGAGGUGAUGCGGAUGUCUUUACAGCCAAUAUGUAUCUCGCUGAAGAUCGUAUUUUGUGUUUUGAAUUAGUUGCGAAAAGAGAUGAUGCCUGGUUAUUACAAUAUGUAAAAUCAUCUAGUGCUGAAACUGAUGUACCUGAUACAGUAGCUGAAUUGAUCUCUCAAAGACGUCGUUGGUUGAACGGUUCUUUUUUUGCUGGUGUAUAUGCUACAUAUCAUACCUUUGCAAUAUGGAGAAGUGUUAUUGUAGGUUUAUGGAGUAAAACUGCCGGUGAUGUUAUAUUUAAUAUAUUACGAUACGUAUAUAUGACACUUCUUAUAGUGCAAUUUAUAUUGGCUAUGGGUAAUAGACCUCAAGGGGCUAAAUGGUCUUAUAUCGUAUCAAUAGUAUUUUUUUCUGGACUUAUGAUUUAUAUGUUAUUUGCAGCAGGAUGGUUAACAUAUAAAGGAGUUUCAGCACAAAUAGCAAGUUUAGGAGAUGAAACAGGUGGUCAAGUAGGUGCUAAUGUUUCAACAGCUGGCGCUAUUUUUGGGAAUUCGACAUUUAGAAACAUUAUUCUUUCAGUUGUUUCUACUUAUGGAUUAUAUUUUACUGCCAGUUUCAUGUUUUUUGAACCCUAUCAUAUGUUUAAUAGUUUAAUCCAAUAUUUAUUGUUGGUUCCAUUCUAUAUCAAUAUUUUGAAUGUAUAUGCCUUUUGUAAUGUACAUGACAUCAGUUGGGGAACUAAAGGCGAUACUGCAUCAGCAGCAAAACAUAAUGAAUUAGGUAAUGUAGCUACAGGUGAUGGUAAGACAGCUGUAGUUCAGGUUCCAACUGAGGCAACGGACAUAAAUGAAUUGUAUCAAGAGGCAGUGGAUGAAUUACAAGGAAAAAGAGAUAUUAUUACAAAUACUAGCGUUUCUUUGGCUGAAAUCGUUGAUCCAACAAGCAGAGCAAACGUCUAUAUGGGAGUUGUGCUUUGGUCAGUUGCUGGUUUGGCAGCUUUUAGAUUCAUGGGAAGUUGCAUAUAUCUACUCUUUAGAUUAUUCACCGGCUUUUAA